UAUGCAGCAGAACAAGAUCAGAUGGCAGAUAUACUAAGAAAGUGAGAGACACGUGGAAGAGGAGAGACUGUCGGCCACCGCUGCUGAGAGGAUAAACUGUGACGAGUCGAAUUGUUGAUUGGACCGGACCAGCAGGCCAUGAAUUCAUUUAAUUAGUCCGCUGUUCUAUUUUGAGAUAAAAAAAAUUAUAAUUUCAGAGCUUGGCUGAAGUAUUUCUGUAAUUUAUUUAUUUUUUAUUUUUUGUCUGUUUCUGGACCCCUGGACAUCAAGCAGAGAAGGACAGACUGGGACCCUCUCCAGCUCUGGUGGAGAAAUAGAUUGUUUUAAAUCAGGCAGAAACAUGAAGAUAUUAACUGAUUACUUGCUUUGCUUUCUCGGGAUGAUAGAGUGGUUUUACCCUUAACAGAAGAGAAGAAGAGAAAGGAGCUUGAAGAAAGUCAUGCAGCAAUUUGGCUAGUGAAAAACAAAAACCUGGAAGCUUUGGAACAGAAGGAAAAAUAAAGAUCUGCUUUUAUCAAGAACACAUGAACAAAAGACGUUGACGACUGAUACCAAGUUGUGACCAAACAGAGCUGUGCACCUCUGUGAGAGGGCUCAGCUGUGCAUGAGCCAGGCUUGUUGCGUGAAGCCCCCCUGGCUGCGUUUCACUGCGGCAUGAGCGUAGGAAGGGCCCACCACCACCACAGCUUUCUGUCCUCUGAAGAAGAAGGACUCAGACUCAGCACCAUGCCGGCCGUGGGCAGCUUUGGCAAUGGCAAGAUCCACACAAGACGCAAAGGCCACAGCCGGUUUGUCAACAAGACCGGCCAGUGCAACAUCCACUUCUCAAACAUGGACGAGAAAUCCCAGAGAUAUAUGUCAGACAUUUUCACUACUUGCGUGGACAUCCGCUGGCGGUACAUGUUCCUGCUGUUCAGCCUGGUGUUUGUGGUGUCCUGGCUGACGUUCGGCUUGGCCUUCUGGGUCAUCGGCCUCCUGCAUGGUGACAUGGAGAACAACAGAGAGGAUUUUGUUCCCUGUGUCAAGCAGGUAAACAACUUUGUGACGGCCUUUUUGUUCUCCAUUGAGACCCAGACGACGAUCGGUUACGGAGCUCGCUACGUGACGGAGGAAUGCCCAGCGGCUGUCUUCAUGGUGGUCUUUCAGUCCAUCAUGGGCUGCAUCAUCGACGCCUUCAUGAUUGGCGCCAUCAUGGCCAAGAUGGCGCGGCCAAAGAAGCGUGCAGAGACUCUGCUGUUCAGCCACAAUGCGGUGAUCGCCAUGAGGGAUGGGAAGCUGUGCUUCAUGGUCAGGGUUGCCAACCUGAGGAAGAGCCACAUUGUAGAGGCUCAUGUUCGGGCUCAGAUGGUGAAGCCCCGCUACACAGAGGAGGGCGAGUACAUCCCCCUGGAUCAAAUCGACAUGAACGUUGGCUAUGAUAAAGGCACCGACCGCCUGUUUUUGGUCGCUCCCCUCACCGUCAUCCAUGAGAUCGACGAAGAGAGUCCCCUGUUUGGCAUCAGCAAGCAAGACCUGGAAAUGUCCGACUUUGAGAUUGUGAUCAUCCUGGAAGGACUGGUGGAGGCAACGGCCAUGACGACGCAAGCGCGAAGCUCUUACCUGCCGUCUGAGAUCCUGUGGGGCCACCGCUUCGAGCCCGUCAUCUUCGAGGAGAGGAGCCAGUACAGGAUCGACUAUGCCUACUUUCACAAAACCUUUGAGGUGCCGUCCACGCCCAGGUGCAGUGCCAAAGACAUGGAGGAGAGGAAAUUCCCAACGUCUGGCGCCAACUCCUUCUGCUACGAGAACGAGCUGGCCUUCAUAAGCAGAGAUGAGGAUGUGGAUGGAGACACUGAGACGGAAAAAGACAAAAGUUGUCCGUCGGAGCUAACCCCGACUGACCGCAUUCAACCAUCUUCUCGAAGAGAAUCUGCACUUUAACCUUUGUCUGCUGACAGAAGGGCUGUCAUGGCUGAAGUGGGUCGGCUUGUGAAUGUCAUUCUGCAGACACUGGGACACCCAUGAGGACAUCUUCGUUACAAUUUGAAGACCAGUGGUACGCCAUGCCUGCCACACAAGGAAUAAAUUCAAAAUGUCACAGGAUGCACAACUUUUUCUUCCUUUUGAGAUGGUUCAUGAGCUUUAUUAGAUGCAAACUAAUUGAAAACUGUCCUACUGACGAGGAUCUUAAAUCUGAAGUGCAUGAAAUCA